CUAACUCAUAGUGAAAUGGCGGCUCUAGUCAUCACUGCUAUCGUUUCAUGUGUGUGAAUGAUUAAAUUAAUAAGUUUUAAGAAGAUAUGUGUUUUAAGUGUUGUGAUUAAUUGAAAUGUGAUAUAAACCCGUACACUAUUAUUUUAUCAACCCUUAUAAUUCUUUAAUUUUCCAGAACGGGCAAAAGAAGACGAAAUGUCGAGUGAUGAGGAUAAACCACCUGCGCCGCCGGUCCGGCUUACUAGCAACCGGGCCACGGAUCGUGGAGAUUCUGUGGCAUCUGUAGAUAUGAGGCCUCUUCCAAAAGAACCUGAUGAUGGAGGUGAUAGAAAGAAGAAAACCUUGAAAGCUAAAAUAAAAGGCUCAAAGAGUACAGCUCACAAUGACAACAAACCAAAUAUUAGCUAUCCAACUAACUUUGAACAUACAGUUCAUGUGGGGUUUGAUGCAGUCACCGGAGAGUUUACUGGCAUGCCGGAGGCGUGGGCGCGGCUGCUCAUGGCCGCUAACAUAAGCAAACAAGAGCAGAAGAACAAUCCGCAAGCUGUGUUAGAUGUGCUCAAGUGGUAUGACGCGUCUGCAACUCAGCCGCCGCCUUCCAAAUACAUGACGUCUGCACAGAUGCACACCACACACUCAGGAUCGUCCGUGUCCCGAGUAUCAUCCAGCAGUCCAUCAUCGUCGACUCCCACGGACACUGAACACCCCGAACCCCCACCGCCGCCACCUUCACGACCAGAUCGCACCAAAAGUAUUUACACAAAACCUAUCGAGGAAGAGGAGGCACCACCUCCGCGACCCACGCCCGCUCCCGCUUCGCCACCACACGUACCACAUCCUGCCCUUACUACACAUUCGAUUUGCAGUCGAGCGGAAGUGGGCUCAGGCGCUGUGCUGGAUCGCAACAAGAACCCUGCGGGCGCCCCCCUGGGCCCGCUGGCUCCGCAUACGCCGCCACCCCACGCUCCGCACGCCACUCACGCCCAGCCCGCGCCUAAUGGCGCACAAACCAACACUGAUACCGGAAGAGCAACAGCUCAGCAGCAAAGGAAAAAGAAAAUGACUGAUGAAGAAAUAUUAGAGAAAUUAAGAACUAUUGUUAGUGUUGGUGACCCCAACAGAAAAUACACUAAAAUGGAAAAGAUUGGCCAGGGUGCAUCGGGAAUAGUAUAUACAGCAAUAGAAACAUCAACCGGUAUGGAGGUAGCAAUCAAACAAAUGAACUUAAGUCAACAGCCUAAGAAAGAACUUAUCAUCAAUGAGAUCCUCGUGAUGCGGGAGAACAAACACAACAAUGUAGUCAACUAUCUUGAUAGUUAUCUAGUUAAUGAAGAAUUAUGGGUAGUAAUGGAAUACUUAGCGGGUGGGUCUCUAACGGACGUGGUGACCGAGACGUGUAUGGACGAGGGACAGAUCGCCGCCGUGUGCCGUGAAGUUUUGCAGGCCUUGCACUUCCUGCACACUAACCACGUCAUACAUCGAGACAUCAAGUCCGACAACAUACUGCUUGGACUUGAUGGACAAGUAAAGCUGACUGAUUUUGGUUUCUGCGCUCAAAUAUCUCCUGAACAAAAUAAACGAACAACAAUGGUUGGCACGCCUUAUUGGAUGGCGCCAGAAGUUGUUACGCGGAAGCAGUAUGGGCCUAAGGUGGAUGUAUGGUCACUAGGUAUAAUGGCAAUUGAAAUGAUAGAAGGUGAGCCGCCGUAUUUGAACGAAAACCCCUUGCGUGCGCUAUAUCUAAUAGCAACGAACGGGAAGCCAGACAUCAAGGACAAGGAGAAGCUCAGCACUGUCUUCCAGGACUUCCUCGACCAGUGCCUAGAGGUGGACGUCGAGAGGCGCGCCACCGCUCUCGAUUUAUUAAAGCACCCCUUCCUAAAAAUGGCGCGCCCCCUGGCGUCGCUAACUCCCCUGAUCAUGGCAGCCAAGGAGGCGGCCAAAGGCCAUUAGCGGCGGCCGGUGGCGCCGCCCGCGCCCCCCUAGCGCCCUCAGUGCCUACCGGUGGACUCCACGCCAGUACGACUCGCAUGUGACUCACUCGGACACGCGUGCGACCAGUGCCCCACCAUGUGGAUAUCUGUGACGAAACCUAAUUAGAGAGCAAUAUCUAUUUUACAUGUAAAACUGCUACCGAUUGAAUAUAAUAGAGGUAAUAUUUUUACAAGAGAAGAGAUCGAUAAUAAAGUGCAGUCCACUAACUUUAAAUCGUUGUAGUGUUGUGUAGCGUUAUAUGUUCUGUUAGCGAAAUGAUCUCUUAUUGACGUGUUUCUUUUGACUUGUACGGUAAGAUCGGAUAGUGUAGAUAGAUAUUAGACAUUUAGAUACGAAUAAUUGAAAUAAUACGAAAUAUUAUAGCUGCAAACGAAGACUGGCAGAUGUUUAGGCGACCUUGUAAAAUAUAAAUAGUACAGUAGAGGCGUUACGUUAGUAUCGGUUCAGCUUAUACACUGUGAUGAUAGUUGUCGGGGCAGUUAGUUGGAAACACAUCAAUAGGGAGGCGGACCGCGGCACUGAUUGGAAGGUGACCGAGUGAAUGGAACUAUCAUUUCAUUCGAUUUUACGUAUAUUCCUAUUUCGAAAUAUUUUGUUUUUAAUGUUAGAGCAUUGUUUGGUACAUUGUAAGCAUUUUAUUAGGAACUGAGUGUAGCUCAUAUAAUUUGUAUCACUUAGACACUGAUU